UCAACACAGUCGCGAGUUGGAGCUUCGGACGCUCGGUCACACCAAAUCGCACCGCCAACUGACAUGGGACAGUGGAGCGUUUUUGCAUGGCUUAUAAAAACGCACCCCUAAUGACGCUAGCCCCGUCGUCGUCACGUGUUGUCCUCCUGACUGUUGUCGGACUUUUGUUGCAACUUGUCACAGCUAGCGAGUUCCCCGAACGAGAAUGCUGCGAUCCCGUUUAUCCGCUGCCGGCCGUGUCAGCCUCAGUGACUCCCGAUCCUCCGCCGUCGCCUUCCAUCUCUUCCUCCUCAGUCACACGGCCAGGGCAAAUGAAGUCGAUAGAGACUCUCAACUGUCUGGUGGCUAGGCAGUUAUGUUUCGAAGAUCCAUCAUGCUCUCCCAUACUGGAGACAAUUCCCAGAGUGUGCGGAGCAGAAAUUGUAUCAUGUUCAACUGUAACCGUGACAAAAUGCCAGGCAGCUCUCAGAACACUGCAAGCAUUCCCAUUCUUCAAGCCAACAUGCUUGUGCAAAGAGCCACUACUGGAUCAGGAGUGCAACUCUUUCAGAAAUUUCCUCUUCGAUCAUCCAUGUAUAUUUGUACAUAAGAAAGAGAAAGAUCCAUAUCCCAUCGACGCGCUUCCCACCUGUAACCAUGCGCUUGUCGUCUGUCAGAAAGACAAGACCUGCAUGCAGUCGUAUGAGGACUUCAAAACCAAGUGCAAAGUACGGGACGGCAAAUGCCAAAUGGAUGACAGGGACGCGUGUCACGAGGCGUGGACCAACAUCAGAUUCUCGCCAAUGUUUGGCUGCAUUUGUCCCAACAACCACAUGAAGAAACGAUGCGAUCGUAUCUUCAGUUUGGUAAAUCACAAUCCAUGCAUAGUUAAGCAGAUAGCGAAGGAAAAUGAGUCGGUGUUCGAAGGUGGAGAAAAGAGCCCGCUGCUCAAAGAGCCGGGCGAAAGCCAACAUUUGAACGCGUUUGGUAGCAGUAGCAGCCUGUUCUCCAAGGCCCAUCGCCCAUGGCCCACAGCCUGGGCGCCUGUGCCUGUGGACGGCCCAUCGCGCAAUUCAAGUACGUAUCACUCUUCCAACCAUCGCUCUUCUCUAUCUCUCUGUCCUCUUCCUCUUUCCUCUCUACUUUCUUCUCUCCACCUCUCUCUCCCAGUCAUCCCACCAUCUCUUUCUAAUCUGUGCCCUACUGUACAACCAAAUCCAAACAAGACAGAACAGACAAACAACAUAGUACACAAUCUCGUCAAUCAUUCGUCACAAGACUCGUCAAGCUCUCUCUCAAGCUAAGCCCGGUAAGCGUUAGUGAAAAAGCCAUCCACAACGCACACCACAUAACCUGCUUACACUAUUAUAUAUUAUCAGGUGCACAACUCCUGUAGCUCCUGCAUUCCUUUAUUAUUAUCACCACUUAAUAAUUACUAUAUAUAUCUAGUAAUCGAAUUACCUCAUCGACACUCAAAAACGGACCUUUUGUUUUUGUCCAUAGAA